AUGGCUACACCUCAUCCUCACAUAGGCCCCGUUGGCCCUGACACUCUUAUCACGAUCAAGGUCAUUAUCGACGGGACAAACAGAAGAUUCAAGCUCGCUCUGCGGGAUCUCGGUGCCAACGUGCUCCCACAAAAGCUCCGAACCCUGCUUGCCAUCCCUCCGGAGCAAGACGUUCGCUUCGACCGAUUCUCUGAUUCUCAGGCAAGGUACAUUACGCUUGAUAGCAACGACCCUGCCAUCUACAAGCAACUCUAUCGGGCAGCGAAGGCGAAACUCAAGCUACGUUUGAGGGCGACUGUUGAGGGAAAACCUGCGAGAGACAGCCUCGCCCAAGACAUUGAUAUGGCCCAGAACAAAGCUGUUGUGAAGGACGGUGCCGACUCCCAGCCUGAGCCGAGGAACAACUUCCUUGAGACUGUUCUCUCCCAGCCGGUGGGCAACAGUGCGGCACCCCCUUUCAAGGCAUUUCAGAAGACCUGCCAAUACUCUCCCAAAUGUGCCAUUCCAGGAGCCUUUGAUCUCGAUGUCAACACUUUCGGCACGGAACAGGCUGUCAACAAUCCUCAGGGUAGUCAAAGCGAUGUGUACAGUUUGCCGACUCUUCCUUCCAUGAAUGACUUCCCUUCCACCUCGUACACAAUCGACUGCAACCAUUGUGGCAUGCCUGUCCCAGACGAACAUUAUCACUGUGGUAUCUGCGAGGGCGGUGACUUUGAUCUCUGCAAGCCUUGCAUUGACGCUGGAAUCACCUGCGAUGGUGACGAGCACUGGUUGUUGAAACGAACCAUCCGUAACGGAAUCGUCGUCACCAGCACCACCGAGACUCUCCCCCCCAAGAAAUUGUCCAAGGCAGCUGCCGGUUCCUCCAGCGAGUUGACCACGCCCAUCAGUCCGGAGCACGAUGAUACAGAGCUCACUUGCAAUUCAUGCAUUUCCCAAAUGCCGGCCCGUGAAUUUGUCACCUGCCAGGAAUGUCCCGAUUACGACCUCUGCCUCUCUUGUAUGCAGGAUGGUGAACACGGCCAUGACCCAUCUCACAGCUUUGAGGCACGAGAUCCCGAUGCAUUGAAAGACGAGCCGGCCAUCAAAGCUUUGUGCGGCCCUGGACGUGGUGUCCGCCAUGAAGCCAUAUGCGAUGGCUGUGAUCAGGCCAUUUAUGGUAUCCGUCACAAGUGUUUGACAUGCCCAGACUUCGACUAUUGCUCCGCAUGCUUUGGUUUUGCUGAUGAGAAACACCCCGGGCACCGCUUCGCGCCUAUCUACGUGCCUAUUAAGGUAGUGAACGCCACCAAGCACAUCCAUCGUGGUAUCUAUUGCGACGGGCCACUGUGCACAUCUUACAAGCGUUACAUCACCGGUGAUCGGUACAAGUGUGCUGUCUGCCACGACACUGACUUCUGCGCAAACUGCGAAGCUUGGCCCAACAACCCGCACAAUCCAUCUCAUCCUUUGAUCAAGUUCAGGCAACCCAUCCGACAUGUGUCAAUCCGGACUCAUCAAGAGAACGAGCUCGGUCAACAGAUCGCCCAGUCGGGUGACCGCCCAAUGGCGAAGAACGCCGCUACUGAGACCACUCGAUCUACCUCUGCCAACGCUGCGACUCAAGUUCAGACUGUCGCCGAAGUCGAUCCUGUUGAGACCGCUCCGGCAAUGGUUGAGAUUGCUAAGGCCGACAAUGCGACGUCUGCAAGUCCGGUCACGAGCGAUCUUCAAGCCUGGUACGUUACCGAUUCGACCCCAGAUGGUUCGAGAUUCCCUCCCAAUCACUUUAUUUCUCAAUCCUGGACCUUGCGCAACCCAGGUCCUGAGGCCUGGCCAGCCGGCUGCGCCGUCUACUACAUUGGUGGUGAUGACAUGCGGAAUCUCGAUGUUCUUCAUCCAUCCAGCACGACUGCGAUGGCAAUGGCCAACCGCAGCAACGCCUUGGCAUCUCCUGUCGAGCCUGGCAAGACGGGAGUCUUUACCGUUCUUCUGAAGUCGCCAGCUCGUGAAGGACGAGCCAUCUCUUACUGGCGUCUCAAGACUCCAGGUGGAAUUUCAUUCGGCCACAAGCUUUGGGUCGACAUCGAGGUCCGUUCUACUCCUGUUGAACUGCCCAUUCGCUCGCACAUCUUGCCUCCCACUCCUGUCACACUGGAGACAGUCGACGAGCCGAAAGAAGGUGAUGGCGACACGUCACAAGGUAGCUCGACCAUGAUCUUCCCUAAGCUAGAGAAGGAGUCACCCAUCUCCAGCGUGCACGAUGUCCGUGAAGCACAGGUGGAAGAAGCUCCAGCGGCAGUGAUGGAGCCCACGAUCAAGACGGAGGAACACGAACUUCUCGAAGAUGUUGAAAGUCUCGAGCUCGAAGAGUCCAACAGCGACGAAGAUGGAUUCUUGACAGACGAGGAGUACGAUAUCUUGGACGCCAGCGACGAGGAUCUGCUGAUGGACGGACAAACAUCCAGGGGUAAGUGA